AUGAUUCCACAAGUAGUGGCCAAUGAAAAUGUGAUGGUGAUUUCUCCAAAUGGAAUCAAUUUUCCCCAAGCAGACAAACACCAGCCUACUCCCCAGAGGCAAGACAGCCUGAAGAAACAUCUAAAGGCAGAGGUCAAAGUGUUGGCGGCAGUCCAGAUCAUGUGUGCUGUGAUGGUGUUGGGUGUGGGCAUCAUUUUGGCUUCUGUUCCCCAUGCAGAAUACUUUACCUCAGAGUUCUCAGCCCUGUUAAAAUCUGGCUACCCAUUUAUAGGCACUUUGUUUUUUAUCAUCUCUGGAAUUCUGUCCAUCAUCACCGAGACAAAGUCAACAAAGCCUUGGGUAGACAGCAGCCUGGCUAUGAGCAUCCUGAGUGUGGCGUUUGCAUUCAUGGGCAUUGUUAUCCUCUCUGUGAACCUGGCUGGUUUGCAUCGUGCCACAGAGCAGUGUGAGCAGAGCAACGAGACUAGACCGACUGAAAUCUUUUAUCACUACAGCACAGACCAGACUUACUGUUCCACCGCCAAGGCUGUUCUGACUGGAGCCCUUUCCCUGAUGCUGAUCUGCAGUGUGUUGGAGCUUGGGCUGGCUGUGCUCGCUGCCAUGCUGUGGUGGAAACAGGGUCAUUUUAACUUCUCUCAGAAUGUGAUUUUCCUGUCUCGUAACUCAAAUAAUGAAUCCAAUGUGGAGUCAAAGGCACUUUGUAACCCUGCAUAUGAAGAACGAUUGGUUUCUUAAGAAAACAAAAAUCUCAGAAAUAUAC